AUGCGGGCUGGGAGAUCGACGGUGAUCGCGGCGGCGAGCAACGACAGCGAGGUGAGCAACAUUCGCACGAGUUUCGGGACGUUCAUCGACAAGGGCGCGGACGACGUCAUUGCGCGCGUCGAGCGCCGCAUCGAGGCGUGGACGCACCUGCCCGUGUCGCACCAGGAGGCGCUGCAGGUGCUGCGAUACAACAUGGGGCAGAAUUACGUCCCCCACCACGACUAUUUCUCCGAUCCACCCGAGACGCUGCAGGGAGGCCAGCGGCUGGCCACCGUGCUCAUGUACCUCAGCAACGUCACCCUUGGAGGCGAAACAGUCUUCUCCAAUGUGCCUGACCCCACUCCGAAAGACCACUCCUGGUCUGAUUGUGCCAAGGGUUACCUGGCAGUCAAGCCUGUAAAAGGGGAUGCACUUCUGUUUUUCAGUAUGAAUCCGGAUGGGACGCCGGAUGAGGCGAGUAUGCAUUAUGCGUGCCCGGUGGUUGAGGGGGUGAAAUGGUCUGCACCUAAGUGGAUCGACGUGAGGGAGUUUGAUGUGCGUGGGGAUGAGGGGGAUCCGAAUGUGUGUGCGGAUACGAAUGGCAUGUGUGCGGAAUGGGCGGCGGCGGGGGAGUGCGAGAAGAACAGCAAGUAUAUGGUUGGGGGGAAGAGGUUUGUUGGGGCGUGCAGGAAGGCGUGUGGAGUGUGUACAGCAGACAGAACCAAUGGGACUGCUGCUGGCAGCAAGACCGUUCAAAGGGCUGAAUUGUAG